AUGUUUAAAGAAUAUUUCAUACACAUUUGGAACUAAUUCGAUAAAUUUAAAAAAGUUAUAGAGCAUCGUAAUUUUAAGUUUAAAAACAUGUACAUUUUUGGGUGUUUUAUCGAUUUCGAAGGGGAAGGACUGAAUUUUUAAAAUUUUAAGAAUGAUUUCUAAUUUACAGAGUUGCUUUACGAAGAAAUCAGUUCAGAGUUUAAGAUACAUCAUCGUAAAAACAAUAUACCUUCUCAGUUUUGCAUCGAAGCUAAGAAGUGUACUUUAUUUAUAAAAAUAUUAUACAAUUUUUUAAAAUUUAAAUUACAUAUUUCCAGGUUGUAUUUUUCUGAAAAUUAAAUACUACCACUAGUGUAUUUACAAAGACAUACUUGGGGGACUAAGCACUCCCUCGUUUUUUGGGAAAGUAAUAUGAAUAUAAAUGACGGAAUACGCAACACGUGCUGCGGUAGUCCGCCCAGGCCAAAGUAAUUUCAAAAGAAGUUUAAAAAUACUUUUUUUCUCGGCGGGGGGCUAAAUUUAUUAACAUAUAUUGAGAUCAUCGCCCAGGGCAAGUGUGGGUACUACACACCAUAUUACUCGUGUUACUUUAUUAUUUUCACAAUUAUUUAAAACAUACUAUUAUUACUCGUGUAGGUAAUACUAGAGCCAGAUUUAUUAUUUGUUCACCUUUUUGUAUUAUUAUCAUCAUCAUUAAUCAUGCAAAUGGUAAGAAUGCCCAAUUAUUACUGUCAACCCACAAGGUUGUCCUGUGGCAUGUGCUCUUGUCUCAAUAUCAACUAUUUCACUACUUGUUACGGGUUACUAAAAAUCGUCGAAAUCGUGUUAGGUUCUUUCUGCCAAUACAUGUUACUUUUUGGUAGUACAACAAAGUAUAUACCGACCAUCGGCACAGCAUAUGAAUCGUAUCUGACGACAGUGGCCGGAUGUCUAAUGACGACUUGGGUCAUCAGUAUAUCUUAUUUGUUUUCGAAGAAAACGGAAGUGUUAGUCAGAUCAUCAUUGUUUGAAUGUAUUUUUGGGAUCUUUGCGUCCAUUUGUUUUCUAAGUUCAUCAUCAUUAAUAGCAAUAGUGAUCUACACGAUCCUUUAUCCAGUUUUUAUGGUUUUACCCUUUUCCUCAAUAAUUUCCUCAAUCAUUCUUGCUUAUGCUUUGGGAUUUGUACUCGGAAUUGUAUACGCAGUUGAUGCAUAUUGGGCGUUCAAAUACUGCAAUGGUUAUUAAACUAGAAUUUGUACUAAAUUUGCAUAAAAAUAAACAAAAAGCUUUGAAGA